GUUCUAAGGCAUUAAGACUAAUCUUGCCAACUGUCAGUGUCAGCUCUGUAAUUUAAAAUAUAUGCUUUCUUGGUAUAAUAUUGUGUUUAAAAAAUUUUUGGUGAAUUAAAAAAACGAUUUUCCUAUUGGAUAUAGUAAAGGCUAUUGUGCGAGUGGGAAAGUAUCCACAAUUAAGUUUGACAAAGUCUCGUUAACUAAAAAUUCCUAGAUGGCGUAAAGACCACAUCCUGUAAAGUCUGUUAUUGAUUUUGUAUAUAAACACAAUUUACCAAAUUAGAUUUAUAAAUCAAGCAUUCAAUUUGCGCAAUUAAAUUAAUUAGGUGUUAUUAGUAAGAACUAUUAAUUUAGAUCGUCUUUAAAAUGUCCGAAGAAUUGAGAAAACGACAUGUCGGCGAAGAAAAUACAGACCCAAAACUUGUUAGGGCAGAGUCAAAUAGCAGUACUGAAAAUCUUGUAGGGAAUUUAAGGGAUAGUGAGAUUGACAGUGAGGAUGAUAAAAAUGGUAGAAAAGCAAGUAUUGAUUUGUCGGGAACCAUUCCCAUAGGUACAAACAAAGCACCAUUUCUUUUGGAAACGGUGCUUCAAGAUUUACCUGACAGAUGGAGAAAUUGGGUAGUACGAGGUGUCUUUAGUUUUCUUAUGCUGACUUUUUUCUUUGUCGUAAUAUAUGGAGGACCUUUAGCGCUUAUGAUUACAACUUUGGUAGUACAAGUGAAAUGUUUUCAAGAAAUAAUUAACAUUGGAUACACUGUCUACCGUAUUCAUGGUCUUCCAUGGUUUAGAUCAUUGUCAUGGUACUUUUUAAUCACCUCGAAUUAUUUUUUUUAUGGAGAAAGUCUUGUCGAAUACUUUGGUGUAGUCAUUAAUCGAACGGAAUAUUUGCGCGUUUUAGUUACCUACCACAGAUUUAUAUCGUUUUCUUUAUACUGCUGCGGUUUUGUACUUUUUGUUCUGAGUCUAGUCAAAAAGUAUUACAUGAAGCAAUUCUCUUUGUUCGCUUGGACUCACGUGGCCCUUCUAAUAGUUGUCACUCAAUCUUAUUUGAUCAUUCAGAAUAUAUUCGAAGGACUCAUAUGGUUUAUAGUACCGGUAUCAAUGAUCAUAUGUAAUGAUAUAAUGGCGUAUGUUUUUGGAUUCUUUUUUGGUAAAACGCCAUUAAUUAAAUUGUCUCCGAAGAAAACUUGGGAGGGUUUCAUUGGUGGAGGAAUAUCUACUGUUGUGUUUGGAUUUGCGAUAUCUUACGUCAUGUGCCGUUAUCCAUAUUUUGUUUGCCCGAUUGAGUAUAGCGAAGCAUUGGGACGUAUGACAAUGGAAUGUGAACCUGGUAUUUUAUUCAGACCUACCAAUUACAAGUUACCAGAUUUUUUAACCGCGUUCGGUUUGGUGGACAGUAUAUCUCUUUAUCCGUUCACGCUGCAUUCUUUGUCAUUAUCAGUCUUCAGCAGUGUGAUCGGUCCGUUCGGAGGAUUUUUCGCGUCAGGUUUUAAGAGAGCAUUCAAAAUUAAGGAUUUUGGCGACGUCAUACCAGGACAUGGAGGUAUAAUGGAUCGAUUCGAUUGUCAAUUCCUAAUGGCGACGUUCGUGAACGUUUACAUAAGUAGUUUUAUACAAAGGGACAGUCCGCAGAAAUUGCUGACGCAAGUUCUCUAUCUAAAGCCCGAACAACAGCUUCAACUAUUUCAUAUGUUGAAGGAUAGUUUGGAAUCGCGAAAUAUUUUAUUACCCAACAUUUAAGUUGCAUUUUUAUAGCCAGUUGCACUGACAUUAUUUUAAUUCGAUAGCUCCAAAAUGAUAUAUCUAUCAAAAUGUCGAUAAUUGAAUGUUUAAUUUCAAUUCUGGUGUCUUACAGUUUGUUAGUUGUCUCGAAAUGUUGUUUUCGAACAGUUUUUUUUUUCUAAAAUAAUGUCAUUGUCGGCUGCUGUUAUUUAUUCCAUUUUAUAAAUUGAAAACAAAAUAUAUAUAUACGAAUAUAUUUAUUUAUUUGUGCCAUUAAAUUUGUUAGAUUUAUAAUUGAUAUCUACGAAGUGUGUCUAAAAGGUUCAGUGAAUGGUAUUCGAUAAAAACAAAAUAAUCGUCAUCGUACUCAACACACUUUUAACAAUGUUCAUAAAGCUUUUGAAAAUUCGCAGAAAAUCCCUUUUCCAGAUUCGAUCGUUGUCCUCGGACGACCGAGAUAUCCGCAAAAUUUGCCCCUUUCAGAACAUCGCAGAUCUGGGAAGUCUUUUUUGUCCAAGACUUCCUCUUCCCGUUCUUUUUUUUUCUUUAUUUCCUGUCCUUUUUUAGUUAGUUCUUUUAUAUCUCCUAUCAGUUUCGUUGCCAUUGUAUUGUCUUGUCCUUUUAGAACCUCUUUUAUUCGAUGAAAAAAACAGGAUUUUUUAUCUAAGACUGCGUCGAUUCUCUCAUUUUCCCAUUUAGUAUUUUAAAUACUUCCUCUUCCCGUGCUUUGUCCUUCAUUUCCUGGUAAAUUAGCAAUCCACCACCCGCACUAAUUUUUUUCAGCUUUUCAGUUUUUCUUCUUUUUACAUUUUCCCCAAUUUGUCUCUUCUUUUUUAGUUAGUUUCGCUGCCUUUGUAUUGUCGCCCAUUAUUAACAUAAAUUCCUCAAAUUUUUUACUUCUUUCUUCUUUUUUGUCUUCUUUUUUAUCCGCGUCCAAGAUAAUGGACAACAAUGCCUCGUCGGCGGUGUUUAGCUUGACAAUUUCUUCCGUACCCUCUUCUUCCUCUAUUAUUAAAAUUGACUGCUUCGGGUCAGAUCUACUAAACGUUUUUUUACCUUCCUCCACCGCUUUAGUGGUUCCUCUUCAAACCUAGAUCUUCUGAAUUAAUCCUCUACGGUCCUCUUCCUCAUCUCCGGCGAGGCGAGGCAGUGCGUGCUUACCUCGCUAAAACAGACUACCUGGGAGGUCGCCAGGUACCCCAGAGGUACCAUUCGAGUCUGUAUAACGCCCAGCCAUUCAUCCCCUAACCACUGUAACUAAUAAUAUAGGGUUACGGAUCGAGGUAUACUCCUCUAGGUCUCUGGGAUCCGUGAGUGAUUAUUAGAGAACACAUUUGUUCCUUACUUAUCAUCUAUGCGGUUGGUUCAUCUGUCGUGUUUUCUCUUACAAAAUGGAGAUAUCCAAGACGGAUCACACCUUCCGGUGAGCCAUUAGGAUAGGACAUAUCCCCCUCCCCAAAGACUCCAUCGAGUUAUUGGGGUUCGUAGUUUAUACUUAAUUGUGGGUAGUCAAGGGGCCGUCGAGCCCCACCAAAGGCUGAGGAUUUGGAGUGAAUCACUUUCGGCCUCCUCCAUUUGACCUUUUCAGGUAGCUCUGCUCAACUGUAGCAUAACAUGUCGGAUGAUCUAGAACGAAUUUCUGUUGGUACCAUUGUUGUCAAAGAAAAUUGGAAUUUGACAGAAGGUUAACUACAUUGGAUCGGACCGGAUCGAACUAGUAGCACCAGGUGUCAUCUCAUUUGAUGAUGGUUAGCUUGACUAUAGCGGCUUCGACAGUAGUUCCCUUGACGUCCCCAAAACCAUUUUUAAACACACCAGGUUGCGGUUUAUGUCUUUUCCAGUUUCACCAACGUUUCUUAUUUAUCUGGAGGUAUUCAAUCAUUGCAUGGUGACACAACCUCUUGUUCGACUGCCCGUAACGGGUUUUCCCAUUAUACCAUCGAGGCUAUUUGGCGAUCCUUAAUAUGUCUCCGGAUCGUCAUGUACAAGCGCGUGCUCGUGGCGGACCAUUCAUCAAAUUUUUUCGACAUACCUCGUAUAUUUAUACAUAAUUUAUUGUUUCGUUGAAUUAUUUUUAUUUUAUUUAUUGAUCUCUAGGCUUCAAUAUAUUUUUUGGUGUACAUAUAAAGUCCUUUGUCGGGGAAGAUAUAUACAGUGUGUCGUAGGAAAACUAGACAUACCAUUGGUAUUUCCUGUUAAUAGAAGUAAUCUCAUAAGAUCUUUAUUACCGUUAUAUCGACAAUAGUUUACGGUUUUUUUAUAUUUUUGUUGAUAGUUGAAAACAUUUUUUCGGUUCUGAUUGAUCCUACUGACAGCGCCAAUUAUAAAUUUGAAAAUUUUCGUUUUUGAUUCUGUAUUUAUGUUUUUUUUUCAGUUGAGGUUAAUACUGGAAUAUUUAAUAUAGGAAGUAUUAUUUUUACGUGCUGUAAAACAUUUCUGUGAAUACAGGGUGAUUAUUUAAAUACCAAAGUGACUAAUACAUGGUGUAAUCGGUAAAUCUGGAUUUUAUAUUUACCAAAAUAAGCUUGUGUUAGUUUUUAAUCAAUUAUUUUCAUUGCAUUGCUUCUAUGAAUUUUUUUUGUAAUUAUUUGAAUUGUAUUUGUCUAUGUUCUAGCAGAUAAUUGUGGUGAUUAGAGCUCCCAUAAAGUGCAUUUUAAACACACACUAGAGUUCCGCUAAAAGGGUGAAAUUAAACAGUUUCGUACUGUCUUUAGUAGCAAAACGACAGUGACUUUUUAAGAAAAAUUAGACGAAGCAAUUGAACAAUGUUAUUGACAGUAACUAAUCAUUUACUUCUAGUUGCAGUUUCUUAUAUUCUCAAUAACUGCGAAAAAACUGUUAGCGGACAUUGAAGUAGCUAUUAAAUACCUUGAGCGGUACAAUCUGCACCAGGAUUUAAAAUGGACAAACAACUGGCAACUGUGUUAUCCUGAUGAAAUCCUUCUGUAACGUUAUGUACAGAAACCAAAAGAAACCUUGAUUGGAUCGUGCCUUGUACCAAGACUGGUUUGAAAGAUUACCACCCCCUAGUGCUUUGUUACUCAUGGACAAAUCGCAAUCCAGAAGAAAUGAAACUUCUUUGCGGUGGUAUCAAACCCUCUUAACGUCACUUUAAUUGUGCAGCCCUUGAACUAAGAAAAAUACUUCUCCGAAGGGAAUUAGGGACUGAUAAUGUUGCAUAGAAAAAUCAUCAUCAAAUAUGUCAUUAACUGGGUAGCAGAAGAGAUUUUUGCAGAUAUCAUGGACUGGUUUAGAGUUUGUCUAAAUGCAACUUCUUCAACUAGUGAAAACAACCAAAUUGCAGGAAUGCAGAAGAAGACUUUGACGGAGAGUAGUCGACUGUGGAAUUGUACGUUGAUCAAGGCUGAUCUCCAUGCAGUUGACGGUGAGGAGGAAGGGAAUAAACAGAUUCCAGUCGGUGUCUUUGAUCUGGGCUACGUCGAGGCUGAUCUCCAUGCAGUUGACGGUGAGGAGGAAGGGAAUAAACAGAUUCCAGUCAGUGCGUUUGAUCUGGGCUACAUCGAGGCUAAUCUCCAUGCAGUUGACGGUAAGGAGGAAGGGAAUAAACAGAUUCCAGUCGGUGUCUUUGAUCUGGGCUACGUCGAGGCUGAUCUCCAUGCAGUUGACGGUGAGGAGGAAGGGAAUAAACAGAUUCCAGUCAGUGCGUUUGAUCUGGGCUACAUCGAGGCUAAUCUCCAUGCAGUUGACGGUGAGGAGGAAGGGAAUAAACAGAUUCCAGUCGGUGUCUUUGAUCUGGGCUAAGUCGAGCAACAUUUUGAGUCAACGCCACUGAUAAUGUAUUAAUGGCGUCGGCAAAAAAUUACAUCUCCAAGUUAUUCAAUGAAUUUUGUCCAACUAUAUUACUGUCUAUAAAUUUUGCUGGUCGAUAAUUUUUUUUGUCGAAAAUUGGCGGGACUCUAGUGUACUAUCUUUGUGGUAUCCAAACGAUCAGUUUGACUUGUUAUAGGUUGAAGGAGACUGCUUAAAACCUUCCAAAAAUGGAAGUACAAAACCGUUUGAGUGCUGCGGGAUGUAUACUGACACAGAUCUAUAGCGAAAUGAUUUAUUAUGUGCAAAUAAAACAACUAACAAUGCAGAGUUUGUUGUUGUUUGUGAUUUUUCGUUUUCAUCAAAUCAAAUUGUUUCUUGUUGUUCUAGCUGUACAGUAGAAGCUCCUCACUCGCGCUAAAUUUCUUUAGUCGCGGAUCUAAUCGGUACAAUGUAUUCCAAUAGGUAUCCGACUCAAUAUCCUUUGUAAAUCCUUCGUCAAAUGGACUAAUAAAAAAGUAAAAAUGGAUUUAAACUUUGACUGCAUCGAAUAGGAUCGAAUAGGACGAGAUGGGUUGGAGGAAAAGUUGAAUUCAUAGCCCGUUGAAGAAGAGGCUUCAACAAGCAAUAGAAUCGUGACAUUUCGUCUCGGUUCGAGCAGAAUUUCUGGAAUCUUUGGUUAUAUUCAUACACCACCACUACACCAACACUCACGAUUACACCGUCUGAUGCUCGUUUCGAUAACCAAGUUAUCGUCUUCAGAAACUGAAGGUAAACUGACUUCAAAGAUUGACAGUUUACCUUCAUUGUGUUCCAUAAUCACGGUUUCUGUAGUCGCGGCAAAUUUACGGCGCGAGCGAAGAACUUUUACUGUAUUUAACUAACAGUACAAUUGGUGCUUGGAUUUUAUUAAUCGUGACAUUGUUAAGAUGAUUCUAGAAGUUUUAAAUCGUGUACUUUCUUCUAAUAGUUUGUUUUAGUAUCUUUAAACGUAGUAUACACUUGAUUGUUUAUACGUCCGAUGUGUACAGGUAUUUCUGUAUAUUCUGCAAUGUUAAUUUGAAACAUCCUGUACAAAAUUUGUUUAGAACGUAACCGAACGUGUAAGCGGUGAAUUCUUUAAUAUUUUUUAUAGGUUUGGUGAAUAAGCAAUAUAGAUUUUUGUGAUGGAGAAAGGGUACGGAAUUUUUUGUUUUAUCUCGUACAAUCAAAAUUCGUACAAACUAAAACCAAAUAAAAAAUUCGAAAAUAGUUCAAAUGCAGUAACUUUUCCCAAAAUAACGUUAAUAACAAGAAUAUUUGAACCAUUUUUGGUUGGAUAAGGAAAAAUUUUUAUAGGAGGAAGGUUUGUUGGAGUUGGCCUCGAUACAGGAGUUGCUCCUCUGCAGGGUUGAGGUUGUGACGGUUGCGUGGGGUUGUGUUUUCUGUCCUGGCUGGAAAGGAGAAAAACAGAUCGACCAUUGGCCAAAAGAGAACGAAAGGGAGCUCUAAAUAAGUAAAAAACAUUUUAAUGCUUGUUGCCAAUAGCCGGAGGGGCGGAUAGGGGAGUUUACUCUUUGGAUUUGAGCCGAGGAGCCGUAUAUUGUUGAGCCAGGGAAGAAGAAGGGUUUCUUUGGCACCGGAGUUGUUUGAUUCGAUGGUAGGAAUCACAUAGAGGUAAUUUAGACGACUUGGGAUGAGGGUUAUGUCUGUAUUGACAUAAUCGGGAAUGAUCGAUUGGUAUCGUUAGUCUUCUUUCCUCUGCAACUUGUCCUUUGUCUACAUAUGUAUGCAGUUACCGAAUCUUCUCCUUUACCGGAUGUAACGACACAAUUCCAUGUAAUUUGUUAUAUAUGGGUUCAAAGUUGUAUUGAAUACUAUGAGAUGUUCUAGAAAAGUUUCGAACUUGUUCUGAAAUACACAGAAGAAUAGUUUGAGGCCACUGAGUGUUUAUAAAACCAACAUAGGAUAAGAGGGAAAAUGAUGUAGCCAGUGAUUAGUAAAACGCCAAGUUUUACCAGUGAAAAUUGUAAGACUGUGUGUUUCUGAAAUGAAUAAUUGAACCCAGUGAGUUACAGUAUUAUGAAAUGUUCAACUUUUGUUUUUAAUGUAAAGGUGCAAAAUAAGUUAGUAAAUGUUAUUAAGAGAUCCUCUUUCGAAGCUAGAAUAACUCCAAAUUUCAUCUGUUGGUAGUUUUUGCCAUUAAUUUUUUAAAAAACUGGUUAAUAAUACAAGCAAAGUGUAAAUGACACCUGAAACGCUGCAAAUGUGGUAAUCAAUCAAUUUCAAAUGCGUUAAUAAUAAAAUUUAAAACCUGGCAACGUAGCAAGUUACUACUAACCUAAAAAUGUUUGGUAUUGGAGGCUCGCUUUUGGAUGGUUGGAAUAUAGAAAAACGUUUAAAUGACAAUUGAAACGUCAAUAAUGAAACAAAUUUAAAAGUGGCAACACAGCAAAUUAUUGCUAACCUAAAAAUGUUUGAUAUCAGAAGCUUGAAGGUGGUGAAUGAUGGAAAAAUCAAAUUGAAUGAUUAGAAUGGGCAAAGGGGUGUCAGUGGCGCCUCAAACGUCAGAAAUGAUUCUAAACUUACCAAUACAAGACGUCUGAAAUGUCAAAAAUGUGCGGAUUCCAAGCACAGCUAACCUAAAAUUUUCGGUAUGGUAAAAUUCAAAUCGUAUGAUUGAAAUGAGUGGAAAUAUUAUAAAUGACAAUUGGAACAUCAAAAUUAAACAAAUAAACAAAUUUUAAUCGUGACAAGUUACUGCCAACCUAAAAAUUUCUGGUAUCAGAAGAUUGAAGAUGGCGAAUGAAGGAAAAUUUAAUCAGAAUGAUUUGAAUGGACAGAAAAGUUUCAAUGGCAUCUGAAAAGUUGAAAAUUUAUUGAAAACUUUGAUAAAAGAGUAUUCAAAAAGAUGAUUAAAGAAGACAAAAAAUAGCAAUAGUAUCAGUGACAACUUGAACGUUAAAAAUCCACUCAUAAACAAAUCAAUACGUGGAAAGACAGCAAGUUACUGCCAACCUAAAUGAUUAUUCAAAAUAAACUGUGAUUUGGACAUAACCUAGAAUUUGGAGUACGAAUUUCGAUUGUAAACGUGAAUGUGAUAUACAUUUGUUUAAGUAUUGGUUGUAUUUACGUUUAUUUUUUUUGUAGUGGUGAAAAAAUAUAGAUUAUUAUUUUGUUGAUUUAUGUUUGUCUUCCAAUUUUGUCAAUCAAUUGUUUAGAAAAAUAUAUCUAGUUCAAUCAAUUUAUCUAAUGUAAGAUUUAAUAUUUGAAUAUUUUUUCACGUUUUUCAUUUUAUAAUUUUCGAAUUUUGAGGUCUAUAUCAAAAUACUGCAUUUAUACAUUUCUUCAGUUUUCCUUAUUUGACUUAAACUCCUCAAUACAAUUACAUGCCAUAUUCUUGCCCAAACAGAAUUGCCAAUCUUGAAAUAAUAAAAAUAACAGUUUGCAAUUUUGACAAUUGAAGUUACUACUGUCCCCAGUACAAAAUAUCUAAAUACGUACAUGACAUACGUUGGCAACCGUCUGUCAUCGAUGUUAUAAAAUACGUUGUUGUCACUUUUUAACAAUUUUGACAUUUUCAGUGACUAUUGCUCCCAGGAAAAAAUAUCAAAAUACGUACAUGAAAUAAUUGGUCGUGUAUCAGGGUAAAUUACAUUUUAAACGUUGGCAACCCUGUGGCAUCGGUGUUAUAAAAUACAUUAUAGUCAAUAUCGAGCAAUUGUGUCAAAAUUUCUCAUUGACCUACUACUCUUUUUUUAUACUUCAAUUUUUGACGUAUGGAAAUAAAUUAGUCCUCGAAAUUAUGAAAUUUUCUCUUAUUUUCUUGUGGUCUAAUUGAUUCAUUCGGCAACAUCAUUUUUUAAAAUUCAUUAUUUAUAAAUUAUCGAAAACUUUAAGUAACAAAUCAUUUUCUUCAGAUUCUGAUUGUUUAAGAUCAUACAUAUCGACGUCGAACCAUAAUCAUAUUUUGUAACAUUUCAAUCGAUAUUCCGUAACGCAAUUUAUUCUUUACGACGUUAUAUAUCGAUACUUGAGGUAAUAAAAAUCCCUAAAAACAUUUUCCACCUAAAUUUGAUGGGAAAAUCCUUAAGUUGGUAACCCUGUCGGGUCGUAGUCAUAUGAUCUGGUAAACAGAUGGGUAAAUACAAUCAGCUGACGGGAUGUUUCAUAUGUCUAUGGUUUUUAAACUUAAAUUUCCUUAAUACCCUUAAAUGACUGUCUACUAUUAAUUUUCAUGAUUAGCGUCAUUGAUAGGUUACUGACGUUUAUGCGUUUUUAUACUUUUCGUCAUUUCAGCAUAUACAUAAAAUCUUCGUAUUAAACUGAUUUAAAUUUGAAAUUUCCACAGAAUAUUGAACGCGACGUUCGGAAACUGUGAUCUAAAUCUCUUUCUGGGUUAGGAUCCGUAAUCAUCUGAUCGGUGAUCUAUCCGAAAACGAGAAUAUUCCAUAGAGAAACAUGCAGGAGUGAGGGGAGUUGAUAGAUGUAAAUUUAGAAAUUAUGAAAACAUUCGAUGUUAUUGAGAAGUCUGUGGUUAAAAAUGUUACUUGUUAUGAUUAUGAAAGUGCAUUUAUUAGUAUUGAAAUGUUUAGAUGAAUUAUGUUAAUAGAGUAUACCUAUAUGAGAAUUGAUGUAAAAAAAUAUAAUAAAUACAUAUAAAGUAAA